AGGGUGCCCCAGGGCUGGCUGGCAUGGCCCAGCAGCGCCGUGUCCAGCUCUCCACCCAGCGUCCCACCAGCACCGUCUGCGUGCUGGGCACUGAGCUCUCCCUGGAUCUCUGUGGAUCUGCACCUAAAGACGCCGUCGCCUUCCACGUCCAGGGCACGCCGGGUGUGAAGCUCUACGUGGUGCAUGAGACCCAGAGCAUCAAGUUGCCCUCCAGCGUGGGCCGCUGGCCCCUGGCUGCUGGCACUGAGGUGCUGCUGGCCAUGGAUGCCCUCAGCAAGGACGUGGGUGAUGAAAAGGUCAGGAUUUCGUAUUUCGGGGAGGCCGGCGGGGUGCCUGUGGGCAGAGCCAUGCUGUACCUCACCUGUGUGGAGGUCUCGCUGGAUGCUGACAUCAGCCGCAGCGGAGCAGUGAGCAGGACGCUGCUGGAUAAGACAACAUGGACGUGGGGUCCUGAGGGCCACGGGGCCAUCCUGCUGGUGAACUGCGACCGCGAUGACCCCGAAGCCGAGAUGCCGGAUAACCGCGAUGCCGCCAUCUGCUCCUACGCUGACCUGAAGGACAUGUCCCAGAUGGUGCUGCGGACCCGAGGACCCCGCACCAUCUUCACCGGCCACCGCCUCGUCCUCCAUGUGGACUUUGGUGAUGCUGAUAAAGUCGGUGUUUUCUACGGCGGCAGCAGCACCACUCUGGAGGAGUACAAGCAUGUACUGGGGGGCUCAAAGCUCGCCUAUGCCCUCAAACCCAGCCGGCACCAAGAGGAGAGCAUCUUCUACGUGGAGGGACUCGCCUUCCCUGAUGUUGGCUUCUCAGGGCUGGUGGCUUUCCAUGUCACGUUGCUGGAGAGCCCCGAGAAGGGCUCGCUAGAGACUCCGAUCUUCACCGACACCGUGGUUUUCCGCGUGGCUCCGUGGAUCAUGACCCCCAACACCUUGGCACCGCUGGAGGUCUUUGUCUGCAGCGUGGACGAUAAUGAAGAUUUUGUGACGGCUGUGGGUGCCUUGGCUGAGAAAGCCAAAUGUCCCCUCACCGUCUGCCCCCCACCGCAGAACCGCCAGGACCGCUGGAUCCAGGACGAGGUGGAAUUUGGCUACGUACAAGCCCCCCACAAGACCUUCCCCGUUGUCUUCGACUCCCCCCGGGACCGAGGGCUGAAGGAUUUCCCUGUCAGGAGCAUCCUGGGCCCUGAUUUUGGUUACGUGGCCCGGCAAGCUGCAGAGGCUGCUUCAAACCUUGAUUCCUUUGGCAAUUUGGAGGUGAGCCCCCCCGUGACAGUGCAGGGCAAGGAGUUCCCCUUGGGACGCAUCCUGAUUGGCAGCAGCUUCCCCAGGUUUGGUGGCCGGAGGAUGGCAAAGGCUGUGAAGGAUUUUUUGGUUGCCCAACAAGUUCAGGCUCCUGUGGAGUUGUUCUCAGACUGGCUCCACGUUGGCCACGUCGAUGAAUUCCUCAGCUUCGUCCCCGCGCCUGAUCGGAAGGGUUUUCGGCUGCUUCUGGCCAGCCCCAGUGCCUGUUACCAGCUCCUCAAGGAGAAGCAAGAGGAAGGGUUUGGCGAGGCAGCGAUGUUCCAGGGACUGGAGGGAGUGCCCAAGCCAACGAUAAUGGAGAUUCUGGCUAAUGAAGAGCUCCGGAAAUUCAAUUAUUAUGCCCAGAGCUGUAUCAGCUGGAACAGGGACAUCCUGAAGCGGACUCUGGGUUUGGCUGAGCCGGACAUCAUCGACAUCCCCCAGCUCUUCCGUGGUGAUGCCACCACUGGUGCUGAAGCUUUCUUCCCAGACAUGGUGAACAUGCUGGUGCUGGGCAAGCACUUGGGGAUCCCCAAGCCCUUUGGCCCCCAGGUGGGUGGGCGGUGCUGCCUGGAGGAGCGGGUGCAGGAGCUGCUGGAGCCCCUGGGCCUCACCUGCACCUUCAUUGAUGAUUACUUCUCCUACCACCUCCUCUCCGGGGAGGUUCACUGCGGCACCAACGUCCGCCGGAAGCCCUUUGCCUUCAAGUGGUGGCACAUGGUGCCUUGAAGUGGCCUCGGCAACAUCCUUCCUCCUCCUCCUCCUCCUCCUCAAAUCAGGGCAUGGUUUGGGUUGGAUUCCUUCCAGAUCAUCUACUUCCAACCCCACCCCCUCUCCCCAUCCCUGGAAGUGCCUUCAGUGGCUGCAGCCAUCAAAAUAAAACCAGGGCUGCAGCUUUCUCCUGGUUCCCUUGGUGCUGGGUGUGAGGUU